CUCUUCUGUGACGUAAACAACACGCGACUAAAGAUCCUGUGCUGUAGCAGCUCGUAAACAACUGAGAUAAUUAUUACUUAUUAUAUAUAUAUAUAUAUAUAUUUUUAUAUAUUGAUUUGAAGUCAUGCCCAAAGUGAAGAGAAGUAGAAAGCCACCCCCGGACGGUUGGGAGCUGAUCGAGCCCACUCUUGAUGAAUUGGAUCAGAAAAUGAGGGAAGCGGAAACCGAGCCUCAUGAGGGUAAACGGAAAGUCGAGUCCCUUUGGCCAAUAUUCAGACUUCAUCACCAGCGGAGCCGCUACAUUUUCGACCUGUUUUACAAAAGAAAAGCAAUCAGCAGAGAGCUCUAUGAUUACUGUAUAAAAGAAGGCUAUGCUGACAAGAAUCUCAUUGCGAAGUGGAAGAAGCAGGGCUACGAAAAUCUGUGCUGUCUUCGCUGCAUUCAGACACGAGACACCAAUUUUGGAACAAAUUGCAUAUGCAGAGUCCCCAAAGGCAAACUGGAAGUGGGUCGUAUCAUUGAGUGCACUCACUGUGGAUGCAGAGGAUGUUCCGGAUGAUCGAGUUCAAGACUUCUGCUGUUGGGACUCGUUAAAUCUUAACCUUUUGUCUUUUGAAAUGUUUGUGAAUAUUAUUUCAUUCCAGCUUUUUAGUCUUUACUUUGUGUGAAAAAUCAGCUUUCAUUAAACUUUGCCAUCUUUAAAA